UUCUUCUGCACUGAACCUCUUCCUAUUUUUAUUGUUACUUCAUUUACCAUAACAAAAUAUAAUAUAAAUAGAAAAUAACAAAAUAAUAGUAAUUAGAAAAAAAAGUGAGUACUAAACGAAAUAUAAUUAAUAGUAGGAGUUUAACAGGGAAAAUGAGAAAAGCAGAUUCAUCUCGGAGCCUCAAAUGACGUAAAGGGUUUCCCGCCAUUGUUGACUAACCACAAAAAAAUUCCUUUUGCUUCUUUCUUUCUUUCUUCCCAACAAAACCCCAUCCUCCAUCCUCUCCUCCUCCUCCUCUCAAUUUCAAUGCAGCAACAGCAGCAGCACAAUCACAUAAUCCCCAUCCAUGGCGGAGGAAGAACAGAGGUGGCACCACCGCCCCUGCGCCAACAACUGCGGCUUCUUCGGCUCUCCCACCACCCACAAUCUCUGCUCCAAAUGCUACCGCGACAAAUUCCCCAACGCCGCCCUCCGCCACCGCGACCCCCUCCUUUCGCCGGAGCCACCGUCUCCUCUGCCGCCCGACGAGCCAGCUGCCCCUCCCGCCCAUUCGCAAUCGCAAUUGAAAUCGAUCGACGCUCCGGUAAACCCUAACCGCUGCGGCGCGUGCCGGAAGCGCGUGGGGCUCGUGGGAUUCACGUGCCGAUGUGGGUUCACGUUCUGUGGGUCCCACCGGUUCCCGGAGGAGCACAGCUGCCGGUUCGAUUACAAGGCGGCGGGGAGGGCGGCCAUCGCCCGGGCCAAUCCGGUGGUCAAAGGUAAGAAGCUUGACAAGAUCUGAGCCGUUGGAUUGCCAGGGACGGUUGGGAUUGGAUGGAUGGAUGGAUGAUUUAGUUUUUAGUGUGUUUGGAAAUGGGUUUGGGUCGGGUCAGUUCUGAUUCGCCGGUGGAUUCAAGUAGGAAUUGGACAUGUGAUUAAUAUUUUAUGUAAUUUAUUAUGUAGAUGUUUGGUUGAUUUUAUUAAUUAUUAUGAAUAAAUGUAGAUGUA